AUGGAGCAUAGAUGUAAGCUCUGCAACAAGACCUUCUCGAGUGGCAAAGUCUUGGGAGGUCACAUGAGAGGCCAUGGAACAAAGAAUUCGGCUAAAGCAGAGAAAAAGCUCAAAGUGAGCACCGUGGAUUUUGAAGGUGAUGACGAUGAGCAUGCUGGUUAUGGCCUAAGAGUGAACCCCAAAAAGUCAUGGAAAUUUUCUGGCUCAAAGGUUCAAGCUUCUGAGAAAGAAAGCCUCUGCAAGGUCUGUGGAAAAAGGUUUGAUUCAAUGAAAGCUAUGUUUGGUCACAUGAGGCAUCACUCGAGCAGAGAAAGGAAGGAGACUCAGUGUUGCAAAGAUUGCGGUAAAGCAUUUGAGUCAUUGAGAGCUCUAACUGCUCAUACCAAAAUUCACUCAAAAAGGCUCAGGACCUCUGAUGGAUCGCAGAGCAUUUCAAGCGAGAAGCUUUUUGUGGAUUUCCAAUACAGCACUGAGACCAUGGGGCUGAUCCGGAGGAAAAGAUCGAAAAGAUUAAGGUACAAGAUCACUCCAAGUUCUUCUUCUUCUGGUAUGAAUGAAUCUAAAUAUGCCACUGAAUUUGGUCAAGAAGUAGUAGAUGGGGCUAUUUGCUUGAUGAUCAUCUCCAGAGGUGGAAGCAAUUGGGGUCGAAUUAGUUCAGUAACUGAGUCUUCAGAUAACAAUUCGUUGUCUUUGGAGGUUCAAUCGCCAGUCCAAAAGAAUCGGAUCAUGGGAAAUAGGGGUGGCAUUUCUGUUUGUAAUGAUACUGGGAACAAAAUAUUUGAAUUUGGUGAAAAUGAUUCUGGGUUUGCAAGUGAUGAGGAAAAGAUUGGAAAAUUGGAAGUUCCUAUUGACAGGUUUUACAGGGGUGCAGAGUGCAAAAGGCCUAAACUAGAUGAGGAUUCUGCAUUUGUGGGGUAUGAUGCUGAGAUUGAGAAGGAAAGUCAUGGAGAGAUGGAAGCCAUCCUCACUGAAGUGGAAUUGGAUGUGGAUAUUAUGAAGUCUGGUAUGAAGGCUUGUGAUUCUGGCAAUAACAUGUUAUAUGGCACUGAAUCUGAAAUAUUUGCUGAUUCUCGGAAGAAAAGAGAACACAAGUGCAGGACUUGCAAGAAGCUUUUCCGCUCUCAUCAGGCACUUGGAGGCCACCAAAGAGUUCAUAAAGCAACUAACAACUGUUCUGGAGAGAAGAUUGAGGACUCUGAAGAUAAAAUUCUGAUUAACAAGCUUUCUAAGAUUGAGUACAGUUGCAAGCUUGCCAAGCUUGAAUGUACUGAUAAUUCAGAGGAGCAGGAGAUGGAAAGAGCAACUGUGACUGGUUUUGAAAGAAAGGUUCACAGGUGCUCCAUCUGCUUAAAGGUGUUUGCAACAGGCCAAGCUUUGGGUGGUCACAAGAGAGUUCAUUUUGGUAAAGAUUCUGGGGCAGGAACAGAACAGACCAGAGCACUGAAGCAGCAGAUUUCUGAAAUCUGCGAUGUCUUUGAACUAAGUCAACCAGUCAAACUUGAGGAAGAGAAUGGUGAUGUUGAAUUCAAGUCCUGGUGGCUUGGAAAUGAACAUAAACGCGAGCUACUGGUGGGUCUGAUGCCCAAAUAAGAAGUGAUUCCAUCCAUGGCUUUGUGGAAGUUUUUAGUGGCCUUUAGAGGCAAAAGCUUCUCUCUGCUGCUUAUGUCUUAUAGGUGGCAACCCAGAAAUUUUUUGA